AUGGCCUGGGUGUGCAACAGAGAGCCUCCCAAAGAGAUUGGCAAUGCAAUGGAGACCCCCACAGAGACCUCCUUAAGGGCUUGUGCCCCCUGCUGCACUCCAGAGACCCUCUCCUCCAAAGGUCUCCCCGCAAGGCUCCGCGAUCCACCCCGGACCCCUCCCUGCCCCACGGGCCCCGCCCCGCCCCACGGGCCCCGCCCCUCUGCUCCUCCCUCCGCCUUCUACCGCGCUUUGUCCACCCGCGGCCGCCGUAGAGGAGGGGAAGGCGGAGUUCCCGCGCUCGGCAUUCAAACGGCGGCGGCAGUUUCAGGACAGUCUGCAGCGAUGGAAACCAUCAAGACUCCCAAGCAUGUGGCCCACAGGCUAGAUGGGAGCCCAGUUUCUGUCACCAUCCCUGCCUCUCCUUUCAUGCAGAAGCUUGGAUAUGGCACCGGAGUCAACGUCUACCUGAUGAAAAGAUCUCCCAGAGGUUUGUCACACUCCCCGUGGGCUGUGAAGAAGAUCAAUGCCAAAUGCAACAGCCGCCAGCAACACGUCUACCAGCAGAGACUGAACAAGGAAGCCAAGGUCUUGAAAAAACUCCAGCACCCUAACAUUGUGGGUUACCGUGCCUUUACCAAGGCCAGCGAUGGAAGCAUGUGUCUGGCCAUGGAGUAUGGAGGAGAAAAAUCUCUCAAUGACUUGAUUGAAAAGAGACUUGAAGAAAAGUUGGGCCCUUUCCCUGCUGCCACCAUCUUCAAAGUUGCCUUGAACAUGGCAAGAGGGUUGAAGUAUCUUCACAAUGAGAAGCAUCUGCUCCACGGAGAUAUCAAGUCUGCCAAUGUGGUUAUUAAAGGUGAUUUUGAAGCCAUCAAGAUCUGUGAUGUGGGAGUGUCCCUGCCUCUGGAUGAGAACAUGACUGUGAGCGACCCAGAGCUGUGCUACAUUGGCACAGAGCCCUGGAAGCCCCUGGAGGCUCUGCAGGAGGGCGGUGUGAUCACGGACAAGACUGACAUCUUCGCUUUUGGGCUGACCCUCUGGGAAAUGAUGACCCUCUCUGUGCCCCACCUCCACCUCAGCAACGGCCCCGAGGAUGAAGAUGAAUCCUUUGAUGAAGACUCCUUUGAUGAGGAAGCAUAUUAUGCAGCCCUGGGAACCCGCCCAGCUCUCAACAUGGAGGAACUGGACCAGUCCUACCAGCAGAUGAUUGACCUCUUCUCUGUCUGCACCAGUGAGGACCCCAAGAAGCGCCCCUCAGCCGCAUGCAUCGUGGAAGCCCUGGAAGCAAGUUUGUCCCAGAAGUAA